AUGCACUUCAAGGACGGCAACGGCAACAAGAUUUCGCCAUGGCACGACAUCCCGCUCAAGAGCGGUGAGCACUUCAACUGCCUCAUCGAGAUCCCGAAGAACACGAAGCCCAAGAUGGAGGUCGCCAUCAAGGAGGAGAUGAACCCCAUUGCGCAGGAUGUGAAGAAAGGCAAGCUGCGAGACUAUCACGGCCCGAUCUUCUGGAAUUAUGGCAUGCUUCCACAGACCUGGGAGGACCCUAAUGUCACCCACAAGGAAACCAAUUGCGCCGGCGACAACGAUCCUGUGGAUAUCGUGGAAAUCGGCUCUGAGGCCCUAGCACAGGGCUCUGUGGAGAAAGUCAAGGUGCUAGGCGCCUUGGCCAUGAUCGAUGAUGGAGAGCUGGAUUGGAAGAUCAUCGGCAUCCGCGCAGCGGAUAGUUUGGCAGCAGAGCUGAACGACAUCGCCGAUGUAGAGGCGAAAUGUCCGGGGGUGAUCAGCGGCAUUCGCGAGUGGUUCCGCUGGUACAAGACCCCAGAUGGCAAGCCCCUGAAUGCCUUCGGCUAUGAGGAAAAGGCGCUCGACAAGAAGUUCGCCCUUGAGGUCAUUGAGGAGACCCACGAUGCAUGGAAGAAGCUGAGAGAGGGAAGCACCGAUAAGGGCAAGCUUUGGGGACGCCAAGGCUCUGCGUUGGUCACACGAUUCAAAGAGCUCUACAAGACGUGCGUGUGCGUUGGAAGCGUGUUCCAUGCGCGGAUGAGACCUGAAGAGCGGAUGACGCUCCGUGCUGUCCGAGAUGAGAUGCGACUGAGAAAAAAGGGAAUCGCGCGCUUCAACAAGCGGUGGCGAUCGUGGGCCCAAAAUCGAGUGCGCCAGUUUCGCCUGCCUUUGCCGGUGACACUUACUUCCGACACCGCAUUGAUGGACGCAAACUACAUCACUGCAUGUGUGCAGAAGGCGGCAGCACUUCGGAAGCACGACGUAAAGCUCUGGUUCGGCUACUCCAACAGGAUUCUCGAACUUCGGGAAGAACUGCAACCAGAUCAGCUGGGCUACAUCAUGUGGGGCUACGGUAAGAGCAGCUUUCUUGAUGCGAGCUUCUACAGGGAGAUUCUCCCGACGAUCAAAGAGCAAGUUCCUAACUUCCAAUCCCACGCGCUGAUGUCAUUGAUGUGGUGCUUGAAACGAAUCCGCUGGCACGACAGCCACUUGAACCGGGCGGCGGCGCAGCACGCCCUGGACAGUAUCGAGGCCCUACGGCCGUCGGACUUUAUCAAGGUCACCAAUGCCCUGGCGCAGCUCGGACUGCGCGACACAGGCCUGCGCGAGGCCUUGUCCCGCGUCGCGGUGCCCAAGCUCGAAGAGACCUUUGCGCAGCAGUUCCGGGACGCUGUGAACCCCGUCACCAUCGGAAGGCUGUGGAACGAUGAGGUCACGGCGUAUCUUCUGGAGCGCUUCCGGAAGAUCUUCAUCACAGCCCGGCCCAUGCACCUCUUGAAAGCGUACGAAUCGGCCGUGGUGUGCCGCAUUCAGAGACCUCAGGUUUGGCGGAUGCUGUCAAAGGACUCCAAGUCCUUCUAUGUGCGUCUUUCGCAGAGGCAUAUCGCUGACAAGGGCAAAGAGCCGUGUCAGCUGCACUGGGACGUCUCGCGGCACUUAGCAGACCUUGGAGAGGCUCAUCGCAACUCCUUCCGUUGGGGACCUCUUUACAUCGACAUCGGCCUGGAGCAGAUUGAGGUGGAUGAACGGAGGCGCUGUGUGAUGGUCGACGGUCCAUCCUCGUUCUUUUACU